GAGGCCAUGCUUCCAGCUGCGGAGGCUGCUACACAGCUGGGGCGAUCACCGUAACCUGCGCAGCGCCGUCAUCCUUGCUCUCCGGCUGCCUGGCUUGAAGCGGGUGGACUUUGCGGUUGGGAGAGCGAAGGGCGCCCGGCGUAGGCGGCGGCGGGUGUGGGCCGAGCCGGUAUUUAUAGCUCGUUGACAGCAGCGACGGCAGCGACGCCGCCAGCCUGUCUCGGCGCCCUUCCUAGCGAGGCCGCCGGCGCGGCAGAGGGCUCUGCUCGACCCAGUCCCCCGUGUGCAGACGCCCUGAGCCUCGUGCGGCCCGCUCGGGUAAACUACGGAAUUGAAGUUUUGAAGGAUGGGUAAAGACUUUCGUUAUUAUUUCCAGCAUCCCUGGUCUCGCCUGAUUGUGGCUUAUUUGGUGAUCUUCUUUAACUUCUUAAUAUUUGCGGAGGACCCAGUUUCUCAUAGCCAAACAGAAGCCAAUGUUCUUGUUGUUGGAAACUGUUUUUCCUUUGUAACAAAUAAAUACCCUAGAGGAGUUGGCUGGAGGCUUUUGAAGGUGCUUCUGUGGCUACUUGCCAUUCUCAUAGGACUAAUAGCUGGCAAAUUUCUGUUCCAUCAGCAUUUGUUUGGUCAGCUACUCCGGCUAAAAAUGUUUCGAGAGGAUCAUGGGUCGUGGAUGACAAUGUUCUUCAGCACAAUUCUUUUUCUCUUCAUAUUUUCUCACAUAUACAACACUAUUCUUCUAAUGGAUGGGAACAUGGGAGUAUAUAUCAUUACAGACUAUAUGGGCAUCCGAAAUGAAAGUUUCAUGAAAUUAGCUGCAGUAGGGACCUGGAUGGGGGACUUUGUCACAGCUUGGAUGGUCACUGAUAUGAUGCUUCAGGACAAACCCUAUCCUGAUUGGGGAAAAUCUGCAAGAGCUUUCUGGAAGAAAGGAAAGGUUAGGAUCAUUUUAUUCUGGACGGUUCUUUUUACUCUGACUUCUGUAGUUGUACUUGUCAUCACAACUGACUGGAUCAGCUGGGACAAGCUGAAUCGGGGAUUUUUGCCCAGCGAUGAAGUUUCUAGAGCGUUCCUGGCUUCCUUCAUCUUGGUCUUUGACCUCCUCAUUGUGAUGCAGAAAGAUGAUAACAUGCAUGUGGUCAGAAAUUCAAACAGUCCAGGACUGGGAAUUCCCACAUUUCAUGGGAGAUGUCGAUGUAAAUCUCCCUGGAUUGCACACUUCUCACGUGCAAUUCAAGAUUCCUUUCUUCCAGAAGAUCUUCAAGGAGGAAUAUCAUAUUCACAUAACAGGUAAAUGGUUUAAUUAUGGAAUCAUCUUUCUUGUCUUGAUUUUGGAUCUGAAUAUGUGGAAGAACCAGAUAUUUUAUAAACCUCAUGAAUAUGGGCAGUAUAUCGGCCCAGGGCAGAAGAUUUAUACGGUGAAAGACUCAGAAAGUUUAAAGGAUUUGAACAGAACCAAGCUAUCCUGGGAAUGGAGGUCCAAUCACACUAACCCUCAGACUAAUAAAACAUAUGCUGAGGGAGACAUGUUCUUACACAGCAGGUACAUAGGGGCUAGCCUGGAUGUCAAGUGUCUGGCCUUUGUUCCAAGUUUGAUUGCUUUUGUGUGGUUUGGAUUCUUCAUCUGGUUCUUUGGACGAUUUUUGAAAAAUGAGCAAGGCAUGGAGAACCAAGACAAAACUUACACUCGAAUGAAAAGAAAAUCCCCAUCAGAACAUAGCAAAGACAUGGGAAUGACUAGAGAAAACACCCAAGUCUCAGUGGAGGACCCAUUGAAUGACCCUCCUUUGGUUUGCAUCAGGUCCGACUUCAACGAGAUCAUCUACAAGUCUUCCCACCUAACAUCAGAAAACUUGAGCUCACACUUGAAUGAAUCUACCAGCGCAACAGAGGCUGAUCCAGACCCAACUACUUCUAAAAGUACACCUACGAACUAGAUUCACUUACUUGGUGAUAGCACAAAAAACAACCUUGAGUGUAACUUUAAAAGGUUAGUCUUUCCUUUUGUAAACGUAAGGUUUACGUAGUAUUAGGUAAAGAAAUUUAAACAAUGCCACAACGGUGCUCAACAUGCUUUUUCUAGGACUCAUUGUUUUCUAUUUGUAUUAUAAUAUACGUGCCUACUGUGUAACAGUCCUCUAGAGAUUGCUUUUCACAAUUGCAUAAGCUAUUUACUGACUUUACAGCAUAGUAGAAGAUUAGAUGAUUACCUGUGUAUCUGAUGUUCAACCAUAGUGGUGCCUUGAGACAUUAAACUGUUUUUAUUUGUACCAGAAAUGAAGUGUGGAAUAGUUCUCUAACUUACUUCACAUGGAUUUUUUUUGUGUGUGUGUACAAUUACUUUGAUCUACACUUGAUGUCUGAGUAGGAAAUAGGUAUAGCCAAGAUGUGACUCAGGAAGAAUCUCUUAGUUUCUUAUUCAGCCGUGGAGUUGAUGACUUUGACAGCUGGACUGCAGAGAAGUAUGGUGAUUACCUUGUAAUUUUUAUUGGCUAUCUGCCAAAUGCAAAUACAGAUGCAAAAUGCAGUAAUAGGAGAACAGUAAUCCAGCAUGGGUCACUACUGGUGAAAUGUGACUUUCUCCAACCAGUAAUUGCAAUUAGGUGAUAAUACCUAAUUAUGUUUUCCUAAUUAAAGAUAAAUUGCUACUUGAUUAAAAAUCCUGCCCUUCACCUUUGGGAACAAAGGUUAAGAGGCCCAGUUGUGUGAACUCUCAAAUUUAUUGGCAUUUGCACAAAGCCCUACAAAGAACAAGGAACUGGAGCUUUCAUUAUUUGAACGUUGCACAGCCCACCAUCUAUAAUAUUUGUACAUCUUUCUUUAAAUAUGGUUCUGGACAGUGAAAAUGAGAAACAUAUACCAACCCUGAGCAAGUGAACUCUAAAAAUCAUGCAAUGGAAUCUUGUGAGGUAAAAAAAGACGUGCAUGGAAGAAUCUGUUUAGUGGCUUGUUGUGAGUGUACGUUUUGUUGUUUUUUUGAUUUUUUAAGAAUGAAACAUCACACAUUAAUAAAUAAGAAUUAUCCAUUAGUGAUUAUGUGAUGCAGUUUUUUGUUCAUAGUAGAGGGAAUCAAUCAGUCAUAUCUUAGUUUAAGAACAGUCCAUUUAAAUGAGUUUUUUAAGCUUGAUGCCAUGUAAGUUAAGAAAUAGAACAGUCCCAAAUUACUUAAUUUUGGUCUAUAAAUUGUGAUUAGAUGUACC